UCAAGUGGCGUCUUAUAUAGCAUUGAAGUUUUUAUUUAAGCAGACAUAAGGUGAGCAUGAAAAUUGGGCCAAGGCAGGCUUAUGAGAUCGGCCCAAAACCAAUAUCACUCGUUCAAAGUUAGAAAAUAGAUAAUUUGAAUUUGUUGAGGGAACAUCAAACAAGAACAAAAAUGGCGGCAACCAGUGAUGAAGAAAUGGAGUCACUUCUCUCUGCGUUCGAUCAGAUCUACGAGGAUGCUAAGAGCAGCAUUUCGGAGAUGCAGUUGUUGCAAUCCCACUAUAACGCAGAGUUGAAGAUGCGUGAAUCACUCCAAGUUGCUUCCAAUGCCCUCAAAAGCGAAAAGGACAGGUUGGCAAAACUGUACUCGGAGUCCUUGAAGAAUCUAGCGGAUCAGCUUGAUUACCGUACAAAUUGCCUGAUUUUGAAAGAAGAAUUGGAGAGAGCGAAAACUGAAGUUUCGCUUAAAGAAGACGGAUAUAGGAAGGAUACAGGAUUGCUUAAGCGAGAAUACGAACAACAAAUUUCGUGUUUGGAAGCUCAAGUUAAGGAAUCUCUACAUGAAAAAGCAACAUAUGAAGCAACUAUUAGCCAACUCCAUGGAGAUUUAGCUGCACAUAAAAGUCAUAUGCAGGUUAUAGCAAUGAGAUUGGACCAACUGAAUGUUGAAGUGGAAUCAAAAUAUAACUCUGAGAUUCAGGACUUGAAGGAAUGUCUUGCGGUUGAACAGGAAGAAAAAAAUGAAUUAAAUAGAAAAAUCCAAAAUCUGGAAAAGGAAUUACUGAUUUGUAAAGCAAAGCUGGUGGACCAGCAGCAGGAAAUGACCGCAAAUUGGCAGGUGGAAACGCUUAAACAGAAAAUCAUGAAACUGAGAAAGGAAAACGAGGUCCUGAAAAGAAAGUUAUCCCAUUCAGAGGAGGGUAAGUAAUGCAGGGAAACUGAAGCUUACCAGCAACUUUGAGUUCACAAGGACAAGGUCUGUGAAGAAAACUCAGAAAAAUUUCGGAAUAUGAUGGACGACCCAAAGCAGCAUAUGCAUAAAAGUGUCAUCUUAAUGGGUGUCAAAAGCUGAGGCCCAAAGCAGAAGUUUUAUCACUGCACCAAACUGAAGCCCACAAAAGUUCAUAACUUCUUCUCAUCUCUACACCAACAUUUCUCUAAUUAAUUAGGUGGGCUGGAACUUUUGGUAUUCAGAUUAAAUCAUGCUUUCUGGUAGUAAAUUUGAAAGGAAGCAAUGAUGAUACAUAUAUUUUUUCUUUCCCAUCGUUUCUUAUGGAUUGAAUUGCAGUAGUGAAAGUUAUUAUAAGCUUUAGAAGUUGCUUUUCAUGAGUAUAUAUAAAAUAUCAACAAUAUCGAAAACACACCCUUGCCUACUUGGAAUAUCCUUUCGUAUGGGAGGCCAAAUUCAAAAGAAGCAGACACAAAAUAAAAAAUAAAACGGAAUGGUUAUUUUUGUAACAUGACUACAUAUCUAUCCUCUAUUAUUAUUGAACUGUGAAAAAGAGAAUCUAAAUCCCCACCGUGCCCA